GUUGAGCUGUUGAAGGGUUUGCAGAGUGCAGCGGUAAACAUCCCCUGACACUGAGGCCGAGACACCGUUUCAAGUUUCAAGUUUCCCAAUAUAUCCAAAACGACACCGUUUCUUCAAAUUCCAAACUUCCAAUGGCGGCACCCACAAAACGAGACGAGCAAGAAGCUCUACGCCUCAAGUCCCUGGCGGACUCCAACUUCACUUCCUCCAGAGACCUCAACGCCGCCUUCAACUACGCCAAGCGCGCCCACCGCCUCGCCCCAAAUCUUCCCGGCGUCACCGAGACCCUCGCCGCCCUCACCGUUCUCCGCGCCGCCGCCUCUAAGAACUCCCCUUUCCCUGAUUGGUAUGCCGUCCUCGGUGCUGAGCCCUUCGCCCCCGCCUCCGUCCUCCGCAAGCGCUACAAGCAGCUGGCGCUCCUACUCCACCCCGACAAGAGCCCCCACGUGGCAUCUGAUGAGGCAUUCAAGCUCGUUGCCGAGGCCUUCCGGUUGCUCUCCGACAGGGCAUGGAAGAGGGACUACGAUGUCAAGCUCAGGUUGAGGAUUCUGGAUGAGAAGGAGAAGGAGAAUGUUGGUGAAGAGGACGGGGAUACAUUUUGGACUGCAUGCUCCACUUGCAGGCUCUUGCACCAGUUUGAGAGGAAGUACCUGGGACAUAAUCUGGUAUGCCCCUCUUGCAGGAAGAGUUUUAAGGCUGUGGAGGUGGGUAGUGAUGAUGAUGGGUCUGAAAGAGAGGAAAAAGAGGAGGAAGAAGAAGAGGCAGAGAGAGCUAGGAAGGGUAGGGUUGGGAAAUUGAAAUCAAAAGAGGUGGUGGAUGAUGAUGAGAGAUUGGGGGAUUUUGUGUCGAGGAGAAAAGCCAAGAGUGUGAAAGGGAAAAUGGGCGUUGAAAAAGAUGGAGGCUUGAGGAGGAGCCAGGGUUUGAAGGGUGGAAUUGAGGGUGGUAAAGUGAGAAAUGAGGAUUCUGAGAGCAAAGGAGAGGGUGUUGCAGGAAGCUUGAGAAGUGGGGAUUUGAGAACGCGGACUAAAGGGAAAGUAGGUAUUGAAAAAGGUGGAGGCUUGAUGAAGAGCAGGUGUUUGACGGGUGGAGUUGAGAGUAACGAAGUGGGAAAUAAGGUCUUGGAGAGUGAAAGAGAGGAUAUUGGAGGAAGCUUGAGAAGUGGGGAUUUGAGAAAGAGGAAGCAUAUGGUUGGGGAGGUGUUGGACAGUUCAAAACCCAAGAGGGUCAAAGCUGGGGAGGAAAUGAUGACAUUGGCUGAGUUUCAGUCUGAAGUAAAGCGAACAGCUCGGCAGAAGAUGAAGUUGAAACUAAAAGAAAAUGGAGAAGAUCUUGAAACAGAGAGGAGGAGCGAGCGGCGGGAAAGACUUUGUGAGUUGAAAAAUAACAAGGAUUUAGAGGCUGGGGAAUGUAGGAGUAUGAAGAAGAGUGUGAAGCCAUUAGUCAAGGGGAUGAAAGAGGACUCUCUGAAGAAAAAGGAAGCGAGACCUGAGAAGCACGGUGAUUCUGGUGGAAGGGACUUGGAGACUUUCACAGUGGUGGAUUCGGAUUUUUAUGAUUUUGACAAAGAUAGAACUCAUAGAAGCUUUAGGAAAGGUCAAAUGUGGGCUGUAUACGAUGAUAUUGAUGGAAUGCCAAGGCAUUAUGCCUUGAUUGAUGAAGUUUUUUCAGCAAACCCUUUUCAAGUGAGUAUAAGUUGGUUUGAUCUACAAAACAAUGGGGUCGAAAAGAUUAUUAGUUGUGAGAAAAUGGGGUUUCACAUGCCUUGUGGAAGAUUUAAAGUUACCCAGAAGGCUUCCAUAAAUUCAGUAAAUGUAUUUUCUCAUGUUGUGGACUGUGAUCGAGCAGCACGCGAGGUCUACCAAGUUUAUCCAAAGAAGGGCUCAGUAUGGGCACUUUAUGGUAAGGCAACUCUUGAUGCAGAUGAACAAAAUUUUGCACCCAAGGGUAAGAGAUGCUAUGACAUUGUUGUAUUCUUAACAAGUUACAGUGAAAUCUCUGGUCUGAGCAUGGCAUAUCUUGAGAAGGUUGAUGGUUACAAGACUGUAUUUAAGAGACAAGAGAGGGGAAGUCAUGCUAUUAAAUUUCUUGGAAAGGAUGACCUGUGGUUAAUUUCUCAUCAGAUUCCUGCUCGAAAAUUAUCUUGUAACGAUACUCCUGAACUUUUGAAAGAUUGUUGGGAACUUGAUCCUGCUUCACUUCCCACGGAUUUACUUACUAUAGGUGGCAUAGAUAAUUGAGGUGAAUAAACCUUUUUGGUUAUGUAGUUCUAAAUUUUCAACUGAAGGACUCUAGCAGCUUAAUUGUUGGUCCUACUUCAGUUACUUCAUGUAUUCUUGUGGUGGAUAACUUAAAUGAUUUUAGGAAUCAUUUUUUCCAAAAAGGAAAAAGUAGAAAAUAUCUUAGGAAAACUAGCUGCCUUGUAUAGCCUGAAUUAGUUAGAUUUGCAGAUUCUCUGUUCAUAUACUUGAUUAACUGUUCAUUUUGUCUAUUUUUACUACUAGUUACGGUGAGGCCAUUCUAAUAGUUUACAGUCUCCACUGACAAGGUACAGUGGUCGAAAGUUUUAACGCAUCAAUAUCUGCCUUAGCCAAUGUAAAACUUUGUUGCAUCCGAAUGCAUGGGCACAAUGCAAUGACAUCUUUGGAUCUAUGCAACCAACCCCACCUAGUGGAAAAAGCUUCGUUAAGUAAGAGUAAGUAAGAUGGAAGUCCUUCAUGUGUAGAAAAUUUGGAUGACUAACCAAAUUUUACUUAUCUGCAGUUCUCUUGAAAGAACAUGUGGUUUUAAACAAAAUCUGAUGCAUUUAGCUUCUAUUCUGUCUGUUCUGUUCUCUUCUGUAAUAAAAUGAAUUCUCUCAUUUGUAGUAUAUCAAAAUCCAAGUGUCUCUUUUUUACCUUUUCGUAUCAGUUUAGUGCCUUAGUGGUAACUGAUGAGAGCAUGAGCAGCUUAAUUGCUAUUAAAAACUUGAUGCUAUCUAAUUUUGUUCAAAUCAUGGUUGGUGUGCUUUUUGAAAUGUUUUUAUGAAACUGCGCAUAAGAAUCCACAGUCAACCCGGUUUAUGUCAUAUGUUCACUUGCUAAAUCUCCAUCAAUUUUCAAUACAGUCUGUUCAAACAGACCACAAUACGAUGAUCGAUGUAGAGGCACGUUGAGAUCAAUAGCUUCUGUUUGAGAGUGCUAGAUUAUUAACAUUUGUGCAACUGUAAAUGUUUCUGGUAGAAAUAUGUAAUCAAAUGUGUUUAUCAGUUUAUCUUGAUUAGAUUAGCAUCAUUUACUGAUUAUUAGGCAAGAAGUUAGUUUAUAUUAUCUUAGAUGACUAUAUUUUUUUUUACGUUAUCCAUAAAUAGCAGAGCAUGUGUGUAGUCUAACUCAUUUUUUUAAAUCAUUCUCAAUUAACAUGAUACUUAGUACUUUAUGUAUUAUUCAUAUUCUUGAAAAUUUGUUGUUCAUUCUUCAUACUUCACACAGCAGUUAACAACAGUAACUGCUUCUGAAUCUGGUGUCUAGAUCACACUUUAUAUUUAGCACAUGAUUGCUCUAUCUGGUUUUCACACAAAAUCAACUUACUAAUAUUGCCUUCAUUGCUUAUGCAUAUUAUAUAUUUCCCUGAACAACUUGAUAUUAUGAUGACUGUAAAUCUAAAAGACUGGUGUCUAUUUUAUUUACACCAAUCUGUUAGAAGAUAUGUUGUGUUGUUAAACUUGUAAUGAUAAAGACUUCCUACCAGCUCAAAAUUCUAAGUUUUCUUUUGCCCCUAAUAUAAUAUCAGUGUUAAAAUUGUCACCAACAGAAUCCAUGUAAAAGUAUAUGUCUUGCUUCUUGUUUAUUUGCCUCAUCUGCACAUCAUUCAGGUUUACUGCACCUACUGGCUAGUAUUGUAAAGCCAAUGAUAUCUAACGCUCCUAUGCAAUGUGUUAAAGCUUAUUCUGCAGAUCAGUAUUGCAAUGCACUUAAGCACAAUUGUACUGGACUGAAGGCAAAAUUGUGUUACUGGACAGAGGUGAAGACAUGAAUUGUUCUUCUUUGGAAGGUAAUUUAUUGUAUGUCAAAGAGGGAUA